CUUCAUGAAGAGAAGAAGCUCCUCCUCCUGAGCGGUGACAUCGCGGUCACGUGACCAGUGGGUCAAUUUUACUUCCUGUUUAUGUCAAACAGCUGAUAAGAUGCUCCGUCGUGUUACUUUCAGUUCGCAAUGGCGGUAAUUUGGGUUAUUUUGUUCCUUUCUUGGUUGGGAUCGGAUUCGGUUCGGACCGCACCGACUGACAGAAAUUACCUUUCGGGAACAGGCAGGUUCUGGCACAUCACAGACCUCCACCUGGAUCCCACAUACCACCUGGCUCCAGACCCCACCAAGGUUUGCUUCUCCUCCAAAGGGGUUCCUGCCGCCCACGCCGGGAUCUAUGGCGACUUCCUGUGUGACUCCCCCUACAGUCUGAUCCAGUCAGCCUUUGCUCACAUGGCACCGCUCACACAGCCCCAGGACUUCAUCAUAUGGACCGGUGACAGUCCGCCUCACGUCCCUCCUGAUGAGCUCUCCACAGACAUGGUGAUCCAGGUGAUCGGCAACAUGACUCACACCAUCAGAGAGCACUUUCCUAACCUCACCGUCUACCCCGCUUUAGGAAACCACGACUACUGGCCACAGGACCAGAUGCCAGCCUCCACCAAUGCCAUCUAUAAAGCAGCUGCAGAGCUCUGGAAACCCUGGUUGCAAAGUGAAGCUCUGCUCACGCUUUCAGAAGGCGGUUUCUACUCCCAGCUGGUAAAACCCGGUUUGCGGCUGGUUAGUCUCAACACAAUCCUUUACUACGGUCCUGACCAAGUCACCAAGAACAUGUCGGAUCCCGCUGGACAGUUCCAGUGGCUGCAGGAAACUCUGGAGUCAGCCGCUCAGAACCUGGAGAAGAUUUACAUCAUAGGUCACGUUCCGGUGGGCUACCUGCCUUUCGUCAAAAACACCACUGCUAUUCAGAAACGCCACAACGAGAGGCUGGUCAGCAUCUUCAGGAAGUACGCUCACGUGAUUGCCGGGCAUUUCUACGGCCACACCCACCGAGACAGCAUCAUGGUGCUGCUGGACCAGCGGGGCAAACCAGUGAAUUCCCUCUUUGUGUCGCCGGCGGUCACUCCCAUUAAAAAUGUGUUGGAGUUGUACUCCAACAACCCGGGCUUCCGCAUGUACCUGUACAACAGUCAGGACUACUCCAUGCUGGAUAUCUGGCAGUACUAUUUGAAUCUGACGGAAGCCAACGAGAAACAAAAGUCCGACUGGAGGCUUGAAUAUAUCAUGACUGAAGCUUUCGGACUGACUGACCUGCAGCCACAAAGCCUCCUUCAGCUGGGCCUGAGCUUUCUGGAGCCACAAACCAAAGCCUUUGACACGUAUUUCAGCCACUUCAUGGUCAACUACAACAGCAGCAUCAUCUGUGCUGGAGACUGUAAAGUCAAGCAGGUGUGUGCCGUGCUCUACCUGGACCAACAGACCUACUCUAAAUGUGCUGGAAUCUCCGAUUAGCACACACUUGUUUCAGGAAUUGUUUCAGAAUGUCCAGAUUUGGAUUUCUUCAAUUUGGAGACUUAAGAUGAAAGAUUGUUCAUUUCAAAAUAAAAACAUCCAAAAGUUUAUUCACCUAAAAUGCAAAAAUAUUCCAAGAAUCUAAAAUCGGGAAACUUUUUUCAGCUUGCUCUUUCUUUCUGGACUUUGUUAGGUUAUCAAAAAUGAAAUAACAGAGUCUGAAGUUUAAAAAAGAAAGAUGUUUUUGCAUAAUCAGAGCCAGAAUAAUAAAGCAUAAUGUUUAUAGCUGAAAUACAGUUUCAGCAAUAAAUGUUUGAUUUACCAAACAAAACAUAAUUAGCGUUUCCAGUAUUGAAUUUGAUGCUCUGACCUUAUUUGAGCCUCAAUUUUCUGAGAUGGUCACAAUUUAUAAUCUUAUAAAAACAAAAAACAUAUGAUGCAGAGGUUGUCUCUGCAGGGAAACACAAUAAAAGGGAACGUUUUUCAUCAACAGCUUUAAACUGGCAGGUCUAUUUGUGUUGCAUUUACUUUUUUUUUUUCUUACUGUUUACAUCUUUACUUGCUAAACAGGUUUUUCAAAAUAAAACCAAAAACUUCCUCGUCAUUCUUGCUGAUGUUUUGGAACUUUUACACUCACUUGUGUGUCGUGUAAACCAAAGAGUAAAAAUAGAAUUUAAAUCAAAUCUGUUUGGUGUUGCAUCUGAUUAACUUUUUUAUGAAAUAAAGAACUUUUUGAACAAA